AAGAAAUGUUGGGUAGUUCCCCCAAUCCUUACACGCUCACACACACAGAUGAGACUCUGCUACACUCUUCGUUCUCUUAUUCGAUCCAAAACCAAUGCCCAAAGACGCACUUUCACCGUUGCUGCAGAAUUUAUCUCCUGAUUAUCAUCCCUGGCCCUUGUCAUGACUUUGCUUUGCCGCCGAUGCAAUGCAGUCAUUAUACUCUCGCAAAUGCUGUUGCAGCUUAUUUUCUAGGUUAGCAAUAGCGUCUUGUGGAGCUAGAGGCUUUAGGCAUCAAGAACAAUGUCAAAGCCUUAUGAGAUCUGUCGACAUUCUCACUUCAAAAGUUGCCAAAGGAAGCAGUGAGGAGGAAAUUAUCCGGUCUCUAUGCAAUGAUCAAGCUUGUGAUGCCAUACAUCUGUCUCCAAACCUUAUUAACAUAUUGCUCCGUCGAUAUAAGGAUGAUUGGAAGUCUGCAUUGGGCUUGUUCAAAUGGGCCAGUUUGCAUUCAAACUUUCAACAUUCCCCAGAAUCAUAUGACAUGAUGGUAGACAUAUUGGGUAGAAUGAAGGUAAUGGACAAGUUGAGAGAUCUCUUAGACCAAAUGCGUUGUGAGGGGAGUAUCAUCACUCUCAAUACUAUAGCCAAGGUAAUGAGAAGGUUUGUUGGGGCAGGACAGUGGGCAGAUGCUGUGAGAAUAUUUGAUGACUUGCAAACUCUUGGCUUGGAGAAGAACACAGAAUCCAUGAACUUGUUGCUUGAUACCCUAUGCAAGGAGGAAUUUGUUGAGCAAGCUCGUCAAAUUUACUUGGAGUUGAAGCAGCACAUUGCUCCAAAUGCUCACACAUUUAACAUAUUCAUUCAUGGUUGGUGCAAAAUCCGUCGUGUAGAAGAAGCACAUUGGACAAUCCAAGAAAUGAAAGGAUAUGGUUGUCGCCCUUGUGUUAUAAGUUAUUCCACCAUCAUCCAAUGUUAUUGUAAUGAACAGAAUUUUAGCAAGGUCUAUGAGCUUCUUGAUGAAAUGCAAGCUCAAGAUUGCUCCCCAAAUGUGGUUACUUAUACUAUCAUCAUGUGUGCACUGGCAAAGGCAGAAAAAUUUGAUGAAGCUUUGCAAGUAAUUGAGAGAAUGAGGUCUGCUGGAUGUAGGCCUGAUACACUUUUCUACAAUUCAUUCAUCUAUACAUUAGGGAGAGCAGGCAGAAUAGAUGAUGCUAACCAUGUGUUUAAGGUUGAAAUGCCUAAAGCUGGUGUGGCCCCAAAUACAUCCACCUAUAACUCGAUGAUUUCUAUAUUUUGUCAUUAUGCAGAAGUGAAGAGAGCUUUUGACAUAUUGGAGGAGAUGGAAGAUUCAGGCCUCUGUAAGCCUGAUAUUCAAACAUACCACCCAUUGAUCAAGUCAUGCUUCAAGAUGGGAAAAAUAGAUAGUUGGUUGAAUGAAAUAUUAAAUGACAUGGUCAAUAAGCAUCAUCUUGGUCUUGAUCUUUCAACCUAUACACUGCUAAUUCACGGACUUUGUAGAGCUGAUAGAUGCAAGUGGGCAUUCUCUCUGUUUGAGGAGAUGAUAGGUCUAGAUAUAGUGCCUAGAUACAGAACUUGCUGUUUGCUAUUGGAGGAAGUUAAAUUGAAAAAUAUGUAUCAAGCUGUUGAGAAAAUUGAGGAUCUUAUGAAGAAAUUAUAAAUGCAUUCCCUCAAUGUUCAAGGUUUAUUUGCUAUUUCUUAA